AUUACAUAUCACGCUUCUAAAAAUCUUUGAUGUUAAAAGAGGGUAGACUAGUUCGGGGACAACAAAAAGAAAGUAAUUUCAAACCUGAAACCCGACCCAUUUUAUUGACGGCCAUUUUCUCUCUCCACUACUGUACUCUACUCUACUCUUCUAAUUCUCUCUCCGGUCGACGCUGCUUCAUUCCCGUCGUUGUUGUCACCGCCGACAACAGAAUGGGUAGUGGCAGUCAGUAUGAGAUAGAUGUGGGUGAUGGCCCUGAAGAAGAACCUGGGCUUGAAGAGACUGAUACACCUUCUCCUGUAACCGAGGAAGACCAAAAUCAAAGUAGCUCACAAGGAAAUGGUAAUGUGAAAUUCAACGGGAAUGGGAAUGAGAAUGUACACUCCUCUAAGCGAGGACAUGACAGCGAGGAGCAGGAAACAGGUGUAGGAUCUGAUAACAAGACCCAAAAUGGUGGUGGCUCAACUGAGUCCAGUACCCCUCGAUCUUCCUCAGGGAGAUUGUUGAUUAAAACCUAUCAUGAUGCAACUGGAGGGCGCUCUAACAAUGGUGUCAAGAGAUUAAAGAUGAUUGAAGAUGACGAGGAGGCUGGAACUAAAGAAGAACAAGCUGAGUUCAUAAAUGAGCUGAUAGCCUUCUAUAAGGGUAGAUGUAUGGAAUUCAAACCACCCAAGUUUUAUGGGGAGCCUUUGAACUGCUUGAAGUUAUGGAGAGCUGUGGUUCAGUUGGGUGGAUAUGACAGGGUUACUACGUACAAGCUGUGGCGGCAAGUUGGGGAAUCUUUCCAUCCGCCAAAGACAUGUACUACAAUUUCUUGGACAUUCAGGAUUUUUUAUGAAAAGGCGCUUCUGGAUUACGAAAAGCACAAAAGAGAGAUAGGUGAGGUUGAAUUUCCAGAAGUCACCAUCCCUGAUUCUACUUCGGUUGAAAAUGAGGGAAAUGCUUAUCAGACCGGUUCAGGAAGGGUGAGAAGGGACGCUGCUGCUCGUGCAAUGCAGGGUUGGCAUGCUCAAAGAGAUUUUGGCUUAGGAGAAGUAGGCGAGCCGAUUAUCAAGGAUAAGAGCAUCAAUUCUUCACAAAAGCGAGAAAAGAAUCUAAAAAACAUUGGUACGAAGCAGAAGAAACCAAGUAAUCUGGAGCUUGUAGAACAUGAAAUUCCUGAAGCAAACAAACAGUCAGUGUCAACAGUAAUGGAUGUUGGGCCUCCGGCUGAUUGGGUGAAAAUCAAUGUCAGAGAAAGUAAAGAUUGCUUUGAGGUUUAUGCUUUAGUUCCUGGGCUCCUUCGAGAGGAGGUUCGCGUUCAGUCGGAUCCUGCUGGACGUCUGGUCAUCACUGGUCAGCCAGAGCAGCUUGACAAUCCUUGGGGCAUCACACCGUUUAGGAAGGUUGUUAUCUUUCCAAUGAGGAUAGAUCCUCUACAUACAUCAGCUGUUGUAAGCUUGCAUGGCAGGCUGUUCGUUCGUGUUCCUUUUGAUCGAUCAAACAUCUGAGCUGGCCAUCUACAUGUAGAUUCGUGUGAUUGUAGUUUUCUUGGGAGGUAAAAAGGAGCAGAAACUGCUGACUUUUCUUGGCAAGAUUAUCGGAAUUAGAGAGAAGUUGACUAAUUAGUUGUUUUUAGGUUAGGAUUGCAAAAUUAUGGGACGAUUUCGUAGUUCUUUCCUUCAACUCCAUAGCUGUGCCUGUAACUGUAUGGAAUACUGACAUUGUAGAGUGCAACUUUCCAUUUUGUAAAUUUGAUUAGUUUUCAAUGAAUUUUCUACAAUGUUGUAAUCUUUGUCAACUUCUUUUAGAUUGCAGAAGCAAUGCUGGCUUAAAUGCCCUCUUAACUUAAA